AUGUCUCUCCGAAUCAGACGCUUGGAAACCGGCUUGAUCCUGAUGAGCGCAAUUCAUGCAAUGCCGUCUACUGGCCAUUACCCUCUGGAUCCACCCGCGCUAUUUGCAGACAUGCCUUACAGCCAGCCUAUGCCGCCCCAUAGACACGCUCGCGAUGCGUCCAUCCGGCCUUCCAAAAAGACGGGGGGGUUGGUGGACCGGAGCGGUGCUGCGCUUUGGCUCCAUCCCACUCGCGCCAUGUUCCAAGUCCCGGGCAAUGUUUCGACGCGUAGAGCUGAAUGCAUGUCAGCGACGUGA